AUGGAAGAGGUACCGCUGCAGCCCAUUGAUGUGUCGUUGGCGACGAGCCGAGGUGUUGUCGUGCACCAGCGCUUUGAGAACGAAGACCAACAACCGCUACCGUACGCGCCGCAGGUCACGUACCGCGUGAGUCGCCUCCCCGAGGACAAGCUUGUGCGCAGCGACGUCUCGGACGCCGGCUGGACGCCAACUAGUGCCGAGAUUGACAAGCUCGACAAGUUUCUGCUCCUGCGCGAAGAGUCGUCGCUCGGUCUGCAUAUACUCCUUGCGCUCUUUGGGUGCCACACGCUUUGGCCGCUCACGCUCCACUUCGUUCUCGACGGCACCUCGAACGAUGUGUUUGUCGCCCGGCGGCCGUUCCAAAUGAGCGGGUUCUACGGCUGCCCGAUGCGAAUGGACGUCGAUGCUGUCCGCGGCUCGGAGCUCGUGCGCAUCGGUUGCGCGCGCGAGUAUUUCUCUCCGUACGGCGCCAAGUGCUACGUCUUGUGUUGCUUGUGCACCACGUACACGGACAUUGACCGGUGCGACGGUGACGCCAUUGCGACGCGGUACACGGUGCGCACGAACCUCUGCUGCUGCGGCCGCGUCAACAAUUGCUGCGGCGGCACCCCCGGGAAGCGGGACGCCAUCUACGACAUCCUCGCCGCAGGAGGAAACACGGUGUCGCACUUGCAUCUCGUGGGCGGCGAGUGGAGCCGCGCGUUUGUGCUCGAGUUCCCACCCGACUCGACCGCCGAAGAUCGCGUUGUCACGGCGCUGUUUCAGAUCCAAACUGCAUUCUUCGAGCCCGGGCCCACCUAA